GUGUGUAUUUAAAUUUGUGUGUGUGUUUAUCUUUCAAUUGAAGGGUGUGUGUGUACAUUUCUACGUUUCCUAAAUGUAGACAUUUGGGUUGGAUAAUUGUUGUGAGGAGUGUCCUGUACAUUAUAGGUUAUUUGAACAGCCUCCCUGGUUUCCACCCACUAAAUGCCAGUAGCACUGCCUCGACCCCACCCCAUCCCACUUGUGACAAUGAAAAUUGUCUCCAGAAAUGGCCAGAUGUCUCCUGGAGGUACAAUUCACCUCCUACACUCUAUUGAGAAACACUGCACUAUAGCAUGAAGGCUAUAUGCCCUAGACAUAUAAUUACUGUGCAUUAUUUUGAAUUUCCUUUCUCUUUCCAAAGUUGUUUCUAGGAAAAUUUUAUAAUAAUGGAAACCUUUUUUAAAAUUUUAUUUUUGAGAGGGAGAGGGAAACAGGUACAGAGGGAGGGAGAGAGAGAAUCCCAAGCAGGCCUUGAGCUGUCAGCGCAGACCCCAACAUGGGGCUUGAACUCACAAACUGAGAUUAUGACCUGAGCCAAAAUCAAGAGUUGGAUGCUCAACUGACUGAGCCACCCAGGUGCCCCAAAACCAUAUCUUUGUAUAUUUGUAGCAAUUUGUAGUGAUCAACAACAUUAAAGAACAAUAACCAGGCUUAGAUUUUGAAAAAGAGAUUGGCACUUAGAGUUUUCCAGAGAGGUCUAGUCUAUUUAUUUUUUUAAAAUGCCCAUUUAUUUUGAGAACACAAGCCGGGGAGGGGCAGAGAGAGGGAGAAAGAAAAUCCCAAGCGGGCUGUAUGCAGCCAGCACAGAGGUUGACAUGGGGCUUGAUCUCACAAUCGAGUGAGAUCAUGACCUGAGCCGAAAUCAAGAGUUGGACGCUUAACCAACAGAGCCAGUCAGGCACUUCCUAAAUUUAUUUUUUAAUUUUUAAGUGACUGCCAACCAAAUAUGUAGCCAAGAGACAUUGCUUUAUGGGCAAGAGUUGGUUAUUACAUGUUCAGGAAGAUCCAGCCCAUGUUUCAUUAUUUCUUCAUAAAAUAUUGUUUUACCAAAGAGGAGAAAAGAGCAUUAUAGAACAUAUAUUCAGUUUAGCCUGUUUUUACCCAUUUCCUAGCUGAACCAAUUUGUAUUUGAGGAUAACUUAAAUGCGUUCCACUUAUGUAUCUAUAUGUCUGUGCAUCUCUGAAUAUAUAAUGAAAAAUAUCAAAAGCUUGAGAUGCAUGGAGGAAUUCCUAGAGAAUCACGAGUAUUAGAAUAAAGACUCUAGAAGGAGACAACUAAAGUAUAAUUGGUGAAUAUUUUCUAAAUAAACAUUAAUGUGUAGUCAAAAGUUUUCUCAGAUUGUUUAUUUGUUUGCUUUUUUAAUGUUUGUUUAUUUUUGCGAGAACACCAGAAAGCUGGAGAGGGGCAAAGAGAGGGACAGAGGAUCCAAAGCAGGCUCCAUGCUGAUAGCAGAGAGCCCACUGUGGGGCUUGAACUCAUGAACCGCGAGGUUAUGACCUGAGCUAAAGUUGGACACUUAACCAACUGAGCCACCCAGAAAUUCAAAUCUUCCUAUGAAACAUUAUUGAAUUACGAUACACUUACAGAACAUACUGACUUAGUACUCUUCAGGCUUCACUGGGAAAAUGUUGCAGUCAGUUUGAUGCUAAACGACAGAAAACAGAAAUAUGAAGAAGGAAAAAUGACAAACAGCACAAAUUCUGAGAACAAUGAAGAAAAGUCAGAAGAGCACAUGGAUGUGAGGCUAAACCAUUGCUUAGCCUAUGUUCUCCAUACAUCAGGCACUACGGGGAUACCUAAGAUUGUCAGAGUCCCUCAUGCAUGUAUAUUGCCAAACAUCCAACAUUUUCGGCUACUUUUCGAGAUCACACAAGAAGAUGUUUUGUUUCUGGCCUCACCUCUGACCUUUGAUCCCUCCGUUGUGGAAAUAUUUGUUGCUCUAUCCAGUGGUGCCUGUCUGCUUAUUGUACCAGCUUCUGUCAAAGUGCUUCCAUCAAAGUUAGCUGCCGUUCUCUUUUCACAUCACAGAGUAACUAUUUUGCAGGCAACACCAACAUUGCUUCGAAGAUUUGGAUCUCAGCUUAUCAAGUCAACUGUUUUAUCAGCCAGUACUUCUCUUCGAGUAUUAGCCCUCGGUGGUGAAGCAUUUCCAUCAUUGGCUGUUCUCAAAAGCUGGAGAGGAGUAGGCAAUAAAACACAAAUAUUUAAUAUUUAUGGUAUCACAGAGGUAUCAAGUUGGGCAACUUUUUACAAGAUUCCAGAGAAGUUUCUUAACUCUACUUUGAAAUGUGAAUUGCCUGUACCACUGGGAUUUCCACUGCUUGGAACAGUAGUUGAAGUCAGAGAUACUAAUGGUUUCACAAUUCAAGAAGGCAAUGGCCAAGUAUUUUUAGGUGGCAAAAACAGAGUGUGUUUUCUUGAUGAUGAAAUGAUAGUACCGCUUGGCACAAUGCGAGCCACGGGAGACUUGGUGAUGGUGAAAGAUGGAGAGAUGUUUUUCCUGGGACGAAAGGACAGUCAGAUCAAACGAUAUGGCAAACGUCUUAACAUUGAAUUUGUGCAACAAGUUGCUGAAGGACUUCAGCAAGUAGAGUCCUGUGCAGUUACAUGGUAUAAUCAGGAAAAAUUAAUUCUGUUCAUGGUGUCCAAAAAUGAUGUAGUAAAGGAAUACAUCUUUAAAGAACUGCAGGAACAUCUUCCAAGCCAUGCCAUCCCGGAUGAACUUGUGUUGAUUGAUUCUCUACCAUUUACAUCUCAUGGCAAAAUUGAUGUUUCUGAGUUAAACAAGAUAUAUUUAAACUAUAUAAACUUGAAGUCUGAGUGUAAACUCAAUGGAAAAGAGGAACUUUGGGAAAAAUUACAGCAUUUGUGGAAGUCUAUUCUGAGUCUCUCAGAACAUCCUUUGAAGGUUCCUGAUGAGUCACUCUUCCUAAAUAGUGGUGGAGAUUCCUUAAAGUCUAUACGGCUCCUCAAUGAGAUUGAAAAACUAGUUGGCACAUCAAUACCUGGGCUUCUGGAAAUUAUUCUUAGCAGUUCCAUUUUAGAGAUUUACAAUCACGUCCUUCAAACGGUGUUUCCAGAUGAAGAUCUGCUGUAUAGCAAGAAUUAUGCCAUGAAAAGAAAAUUCAGCGAUAUUAAUCAAGAGGAAAUCAGUGGAAAAUCUUUACCUCAGAAAUCUGUCCUGACUUUAAGUUGUGACAGUGAGCUAGCUGCUUUUAUUGCAGUGAGCAGAGGGAGUCAGAUUUUGUCUCUGAAUUCGGAGUUUUUAACUAAGUUAGGACUUGGCUCUUCAGCCCGUUCUUCCGAUUUAAUUUCACAGACUAACAUUCAGAAUGUGACAAGCCUAAAUCCUUCAGCUCUUACUGGGAAGUCAAAAGAUCCAUCCUGUGUUGCAGAAGUUUCUCACGAGGGAACAUCUGUGAUAGAAGCCAAGAAAAUGGAGCUUCAUGUGAGGUGGAGGACGGACACAGGCAAAUGUGUGGAUGCUUCCCCUCUGGUUGUCAUGUCCACUGCUGCUAAGUCCUCUGUAACUGUGUACAUUGGCUCCCAUUCCCACAGAAUGAUGGCAGUUGACCUUUACUCUGGGAAGGUGAAAUGGGAACAGAUUUUGGGAGGUCGAAUUGAAUCCUCAGCAUGUGUAUCUAAGUGUGGAAACUUUAUUGUAGUGGGCUGUUAUAAUGGGUUAGUUUAUGUUCUGAAAAGUAAUAGUGGAGAAGAAUACUGGAUGUUUACUACCAAGGAUGCUGUCAAAAGCUCAGCAACCAUGGAUCCAACCACAGGACUCCUUUACAUUGGAUCUCAUGACCAGCAUGCAUAUGCUUUAGAUAUUUAUAAAAAGAAGUGUGUUUGGAAGUUAAAAUGUGGAGGAACUGUCUUUUCAUCCCCUUGUUUGAGCCUGAUACCACAUCAUUUAUAUGUGGCUACACUGGGAGGCCUGUUACUGGCUAUAAAUCCUGCCACUGGGAACACAGUUUGGAAACAUUCCUGUGGAAAACCACUCUUUUCUUCUCCACGGUGUUGCCUACAGUAUAUUUGUAUUGGGUGUGUAGAUGGAAAUUUACUCUGCUUUACUCACUUUGGAGAACAGGUUUGGCAGUUCUCUACCAGUGAACCAAUCUUUUCAUCCCCAUGUACCUCAGCAUCAGAGCAAGAAAUAUUUUUUGGUUCCCAUGAUUGCUUUAUCUACUGUUGUAAUAUGAAAGGUCACCUCCAGUGGAAAUUUGAAACUACUUCCCAGGUGUAUGCGACACCGUUUGCUUUCUGUUACCAAGAUUGUAGCAAUGAAAUGUUGCUGGCAGCAGCAUCUACUGAUGGGAAACUGUGGAUCUUGGAAUCUAAGAGUGGACGAUUGCAAAGUGUGUAUGAACUUCCUGGACAAGUCUUUUCUUCUCCUGUGGUCUGGGAAUCAAUGCUUCUCAUUGGAUGUAGAAAUAAUUAUGUUUAUUGUCUGGAUUUGCUGGGUGGACAUCAAAUAUAAUCAAGUACAGUCCUUAUUCGAUUAUCUGAGAUAUCUGAACAUAUUUUAUCAUUACAGAACAUUUGGAUUAGUCUUAUUUUAUACUAAAGAUUAUUUUUGCUUAAGAAA